CGCCACCUUUUCUUCAUCAAUCACUCACCCAAAAUCCAAACUCUAAAACCAAAAAAAAAAUGAAAUUAGCAACAUCCAUUGCGGUGGCGGUCCUCGCCGCCGCGAUGGUGAUCCAAGCCUCGGCGGCGCGUGGGCGGCGGAAGGACGAGCAGCUGAUCGAGACGACCUGCACCAAUACCCCCGACUACGAGCUCUGCAUCAAGGUGAUCCGGGCCGACCCCAACUGCGCGUCGGCCCCGCUGCAGGACCUUGCCCUCAUCACCGUGGCGGAGAUCAAGCGCAAGACCGAGGCCAUCAUCGUCGAGAUCGAGAAGCUCCAGAAGUCCGGGGAGGAGAAGAUGCAGCCCGCGCUGACCAAGUGCCGCAGCUACUACAACGCCGUCAUGGUCGGCAACAUUCCCGUCGCCGAGCAGACCACCUGGGGGAACCCCAAGUUCGCCGAGAACGCCAUGGCGGAUACCAAGAACGAGGCCGUCAUGUGCGAGAAGGCGUUCGACAAGAUUCCCACCCCCUCGCCGUUCACGGCGGAGAACAAGUAUAUCGCUGACGUGGCGGCCGUGGCCAGGGGGAUUAUUAGGAAUUUGCUUUGAUCUUUUAUUAUUUAGAUAUAUAUGUUAUGUUAUGUUUGCCUAUUUAUUGAUGUAUGUGUUGUAUCUGCAAAAUUGGGGUUGGGAUUAGGAAUUCCUCUCCUAAGCUAUGAACUCAAAUGAAUAAAUAAGUCAAUUUUAUGUGUUUA